CUUGUUUAUCAGUUAUGGGACAUUAAUAUGGAUUCAGGUCCUGUUGCUACUUACCAGGUUCAUGAGUAUCUAAGACCUAAGCUUUGUGAUUUAUAUGAAAACGAUUCUAUUUUUGAUAAGUUCGAGUGCUGUCUGAGUGGCGAUGGACUACGGGUAGCAACUGGUUCUUACAGCAAUUUAUUCCGAUUCUAUCACACUUUCUUCUCGAUUGUUCGACAACCUGCGAUGCUGAUCAUACUCGACCGUACCAUGUUCCUGUUCAGAUUUCUUUGUCUGCUUUUGCUACCUUGUCUUUUGUUAGCCUCUCUCAAUGGGAUCGUAAAUAUGGGUUUAGUAGGUUUCUUUUUCUUGAUAAAGUUACUGAUGAAAGUCUCAAGAUUCAACAGGGGUAUGCUCAACAGAUGA